CAUCGGGGAGCAGCUGCAGCAACUCGCGCGAUUACUAAUAAAACUUAAAAGAAGAGAAUUCGUCAGCCUGGAAUGAGGAAUUAACGUGUUCGCCGUGAAAGUGUUCCUUGUUCCUUCCUUGGGCAUCCCGCAAGAGAAGAGAAGAGUCCUUUGUCUGCCGAUUGUGUGUCCCUUUGUGUUUUGUUCCCUGUUUUCCCCCACAACCGGGAAGUGUCCUGUGACGACGCACAAAAUCCUCAAACCACCGCACCAGCACGCACCAUGGAACUGCUGACGGUGCCGUUGAAGAAACCGACCGAGGUGGACAUUGCGAAACCGCUGAAAACGCUCAUUCAAAGCAACUACCGGAAUCUGGAGGCGGAGAAGCUGAACGCCAUCAGCGAGGCAGUGUCGGAAUUGAACCUGCUGCGGAAUGCGGCUAUCUGGAAGGUGUUCGAUCGGCAGGAGGCCGGCCUGGAGAUUAACUAUCGCUACCACGAUCAGCUGCGUGCACUGGAAGCGAAAAUUCCGGUGCAGGAGUUGCAGAUACCGUUCAAAUGGAAGGACGCUUUCGACAAAGGCACCAUUUUCGGUGGUCGCAUGAGCUUGACGCUAACAUCGAUCGGGUACGAGCGAACGUGUGUCCUGUUCAACAUUGCUGCCCUGCAGAGCUGUGUGGCCAGUGCUCAGAGUCCGGACAAUGACGAGGGCCUCAAGCUAGCGGCGAAGCUGUUCCAGCAGAGUGCCGGCAUUUUUACCUUUCUGAAAACGUUCGCCUCCGCUACGGUCCAGGGUGAACCGACGCCGGAUCUCACGCAAGAUAGCCUUGCCGCUCUGGCCAACCUGAUGCUGGCCCAGGCCCAAGAGAUUUUCGUCUUCAAAGCCAUCAAGGAUAACAUGAAGGAUCUGGUGGUGGCGAAACUGUGCGCUCAGUGCGAAGAGCUGUACUCGGAGACGCUCCGAUCGUUGCAGCGCGAUUCGGUGCGUACACUGUGGGAGAAGGAAUGGAUCCCGCAGGUGGCUGGCCGCCAAGCAGCUAUGCACGCACUCACCAUGUACUACCACAGUGCCGUUGCGAAGGCGAACAAAGCGUUCGGUGAGGAAAUCAGCCGGCUGCAGAAGGCGGUCGAACUAUUCAAGACGGCACAGUCACGUGCCUCGAAGCCAACCCUCUUCCAGGAGUACGCCUCCCGUGCCCAGAAGGCACUGGCCGAUGCGAAGAAGGAUAACGACUUCAUCUACAACGAAAUCAUUCCCGACGUAGGCACGCUGCCCGGACCUGGCAAGGCUCCACUGGCGAAGGUGAUCCCGAUGCCGGCUAACCUAAGCGAAGGAUUCACCGACAUCUUCGGUCAGCUCGUCCCGGUAGCGGUCAAUCAAGCACAGGCAGCAUGCGAGGGUCGCAAGACCGAGAUAGUGAACGGAGAGAUCGUACGCCUUCGCGAAGCAACGACUGCCAUGAAUGGGUUGCUCUCGAGCCUUAACCUACCGGCAAUCAUCGAAGUGACAGCAUCCGGUGCCAGCUUGCCACCGUCGCUCCAGGAGAAGGCUUCGGCGGUACGCGAGAAGGGUGGUAUCGAGCAUCUGAAGGGUUUCAUCGAGCGGCUACCCGAGUUGUUUACACGCAACAAGGAAAUCCUCGACGAAGCGUUCCGAAUGAUGGACGAGGAGCGCGAUUCGGACAAUCAGUUGAGGGCCCAGUUUAAGGAUCGUUGGACGCGCACCCCCUCGGAUAAGCUGGCAGCUACGUUCCGCGCCAACGGUGAGAAGUAUCGCAUCAUUAUCGAUAAUGCGACGGCGGCUGAUAAGCAGAUCCGGGAGAAGUUUGCUGCCCAUCGGCGUGGCAUUGAGCUGCUCUCGAUGGCGGCCGAUCAGCUAGCGAAGGAGAUCCCGUCAGCCGGUAGCAAUGCGAAGCAGGCCUCCAACUCAUCGUACGCCCAGAAGCUGCGCGAACUGCUGGAAGCGGUCGAAACGAUGAAGGUCGAGCGCGAGUGCAUCGAAUCGGAGUUUAAGACGCUCACGAUCGAUCUGAAAGAACGCUUCCAGGCGGCACUAGCGAAAGAGGGCGUAAUUAAUGAGCCCGCGAUCUCACUGUCGGAGAUUGGGAAGGUGAUCGGUCCCCUGCAGGAGCAGGUUGGUGAAUCGUUGGCACGCCAGGAAACGCUGACACGUGACAUUCGCUCGGCACAUGAAGCAUUCACAGCGGAAUCGGGUGUGUCGACUGAUCAGCGUGAUCGCACCCUGUCCGAAUUGGCAGCAGCAUACGAUGUUUUUACCGAGCUGCACGGAUAUCUACAAGAGGGUGAAACCUUCUAUAACGGACUCACGGAGAUACUGCUCGUGUUCCAGAGCAAGAUCAGCGAUUUCUGUUUCGCACGCAAAACGGAGAAAGAAGAGCUGAUGAAGGAUCUGACGCACGAAUCGAGCCGACAGGUACCGGCUGCCGUUACGCCCGUCAUUCCGACUCAUCACACGUCGACCACCGCUACGGCGCCCGGUGCUAGCGGCUUUUCGGCACCACCACCAGCAGCUGCUGCGGCGUCAUCACCUCCACAAGCCCCGACCGGUGCCGCUCCUUAUCCGCAGCAAAUCGCCGGUAUGCCAAUGGCAACCGGUGCCUACGGAGGUGCAAUGGGUGCUGGAUUCACCGGUUAUGUGCCUCCACCGAUGCCCGCAGGCUUCAACCCAUACGGGACAUUGCCCUAUCCGACCAGCUACACUGGGUUUCCACCGGGUGGUAUGAUGCCACCAGCCUACUAUGGUACGUAUCCGGGAGCGUACGGUCACCAGCAGCAGCAGCAGCCGCAACAGCAGCAACCGGGUGCCCCUAAUCAGAACCAUCCUGGUAUGGGCUGGUAAUUGGCAAGCAGCAAGGAAUCCAUUUAGAUGUUACGCUCGAAUGCAUGUGUCUCAGAGAAGUGUAUCUAUCCCCCCCUUUAUAACGUCGGUGUAAGCCUAAUGGCACGACAGUUUUCUCACGAUAUCAUCAUGUAUUACGUAUCUGAACCCAUCUGUUUUGCUCUAUUAUGUGACAUUCGUUUCUUGUUCCCCUGGAGUCUAAAUAUAUGAAUAGUUUAAAGCACUGCGCUGUUGUAUUGGA